GAGCCGCAGAGGGAGAGGGCACAGCAUAAUGGAGGAAGCAGUGAUACAUGAUAGGGAGGGGACAAAAGAUAAAGAAGAAACACUUGUUUUCAAGCUUGGCUGGCGGCUGUAUUAUAAAUCCAUUUAAAUUUGUGCAUUAAAGUGUGAGGGAAGAGCAGCCAAAAAUUAGGCUUGUGGAAUGGCUUUUCAUGGUUUUAUGGGGGGUUGAGUGGAUGACUCUAAUUGGGCAAUUUUAAACCACCUAAGGUGCAGUGGUGAGAUAACUUGGCUUUAUUAAAGCCUGUGAAGACAGAAAUUACGAACAAAACAGCUUGAAGAAGCUUUUGUUCAGUUGUUACAUUUGAAAAUAACCCAUAUUUGCAGUACUAUUUGGCCAAUUACAGUUGUCGCUUGCCUUUUAACAACCCAAAUAUUUGGUCAAGUGUCUGAGUGGGUAGAAAAAAGCAUUGCUAUCCUAAAUGUUUUGAAUCCUGUCAUGCAUUUCACUUUAUUUCAAUGCACGUGAGGGUUUCUUUUCACUAAAGUUAGAGAUGCAGCGAUGGCAGCCUAGAAUGGUUCAGUGAGCGUGACUUCAGUUUUGGGUGGGGGGGGUCAUGUCUCAAUACACACAGCUGACCUGACCCAUUGUGUCUGGCACAAUGAUUAUGAAUGUUUUUUGCCAAAUAUUUAGAGCAUCUGGAAACAGCUUAAGGGAGGGGAAUGUAAUCUGACCGGCAGAUGAACUCAGGAAGUAAAAGAGUUGAAAAAUCAGAAGUGGCCCCAAUAUCACGCACAGAUUGUGUGUGCGCGCGCACACUCACACAUUCACAUGGAUUUGAGGGUGUGGUACUGUGAGGCGCCCCUCCCUACCACCAGUUUCUCAGCUGUUUACCCUUUGAACUGUCACAUAACAUACCAGCAUUGCCUCUUUUUUUCCCUAAAACCAGUGUGCUCAGCCCGUUUGAUACGCCUGUCCCAUGCAAAUAUUUAACCAUGAAAUCAAUAGAAAACAGAGCUUCAUCAGAGACCCUCUCUCUGCUGCUUAUCUUUAUAAAAUAGCUGUAACUUUGUCACCUAUCCGGUCUUAACUUUUCACUUUAAUUUGCAAGCAGAAUGAUAAAGUUUAGCAGAAACAAAAUAAUGAGACACGUGGAGUACACAUAGAGCUAAAUAGAUGUGCAAUUGACCAUUUAGUAAACCUCCUUGCCAACAGUUAUUAUCCAGUCGUAUCUGCCUGGACACUGCCAACGAGGAAUAACUGUUUCUCUGCAGCAGACGUUCACUUACUACAUACAAAAGUAGCCUAGCCUUACCUCCAAAGCCAAGUGGCAUACCACUACUCCUACUAUUUAGGGUUAGUUGCUUUAAGAAUCAUUGUACAGGACUGUAAGUGAACAGAACGUCCCGUGUGGGAGCCAAGGUGCUCCUAAUUCACGGGUAAAGCUAACGAUAGCGGCUCUGUCCCGCAUUGUAGCCUACUGAUUUUGGAGAAGUUUACGCUCCAGUAAACCCCGGGGAAAACACAUUAGCUUUAGCCUCAGUCUUUUAGCGUAAUGUAAUGAAAGUAGCCAUCAAGCACAUAUUCAAGACCCUUUGACAAGUCUUGUUUUGAAAUUAGCUGCAAAAAUGUAAAAAGUCAGCCGGAGUGUGGUGAAGCUUGACCAGAGUGGCUUGGAAAGUGGUAGGAGGAAGACAUGAGAUACUUUGUCCAGAUAACAAAAGGCAUUUCAUUUGCAAAAGUAGCCCUGCUACACAUGUUAACAAAACAAACAGUUAGCUUAGCUUAGCUUAACAGACUGAACCUCAACUCAUCAUACAGUAACUGCGACUAACCUAUCACAUGUGCACACAACUACACACUUCCUUCCUCUCCCCCUAACCAUCAAAGUCAUCUGCUUAUAUAGAGCCUUCCAUCAGCAGGAUCUAGCUCAUACCAUGAUUGCAGGUGACACCAAUUACUUCCGCAAAUAAUUAAGGGACACAAGCUAUAGUUUACUGCUCACCUUUAGGUAGCAAACACUUUUAAAUAGUUCACAAUUUGCUAUACACUCUCAACAAUGCAUAACAGAUCACAACUAACCUACAUACAUACCUAUACAUAAUCUACUCCCCCCCUAUACCUAGUCUGACCCCAUGACAUCACUGCUGACAUCAUCCAGCAUAUAAAUACAGGAAAUGGUUGAGUGUCUCCUCCUUUAGACUCUGGAACACAUGGUGGGUAUGAAUGCCAGGUGAGCGAUUGUCUGUAAGAGGCAUGUCGGAGGUGGGGCGUUUCCCCGGUGCAGCCCCACCCACCAGGGUGGAGCUGACCAUUCACAAAGAGGGGGAGAAGAAACAGGAGGGAGGUUGUCGCCGCUGGUUCAGGAAGAUGUGUCCGUGCUGCUGUAAGAGCCAGAACUGCACCUAUGAUGUCACAGAUAAGGUGGAAUUUGUCAAACCCCCGGCCCCAGAGCCUGCAAAGCCAAAGCCUGAGAAUGGAGAAGUGAAGGAAAUGGAAGAAAUAAAGUUUUCGGUGAGUUCUGUGGACCUGCUGAGCUCCAAGACGGGCCAGAACAGGAAGGAGCACCACACCGACUUGUAUCAGGGGGACGAGCUGAUCAUCCGCAGAGGACAGACCUUCCAGAUGGAGCUGGAGCUCAACAGGCCCUUCAAUGCUGACAAUGACAAGCUGCAUCUGGAGCUUAAAACAGGUCCCCUGCCCUUGGUGUCCAAAGGCACCCAUAUCAUCAUCCCACUGGUGGAUCACCUGGAGGACGAACGCUGGGAGGCCACGAUUGUAGAGCAGAACGGCAACCAGAUCAAGCUGUCCGUCAACUCGCCAGCCAGUGCUGUGAUUGGCCUGUAUGGGCUCACGGUGACAACCAGCUCGUCGAAGGGCGAGGCGGCAACUACUCACGACUCCACCAAGAACAUCGUCAUGCUCUUCAACCCUUGGUGUGAGGAGGACGCAGUGUUCUUGGAUAAUGAGGAGGAGACAAAGGAGUAUGUGCUGAAUGACACCGGGAGGAUUUACUAUGGCACAGAGAAACAAAUAGGCGCCCGCACGUGGAACUUUGGCCAGUUUCACGAGGGAAUCCUGGAAGCAUGUCUGUUUAUCCUGGAGAAGAGUGACAUGCCACCAUCUGGCCGAGGGGAUCCUGUCAAUGUGGUUAGAGUCAUAUCUGCCAUGAUAAAUGCUCAGGACGACUCUGGGGUUCUGGUGGGGAACUGGUCUGGGAAUUACUCUGAUGGAGUCCCUCCUUCGGCGUGGAGCAGCAGCGUGGAGAUCCUGAGGAAGUACCACUCCUCCAAUGGAACGCCUGUGUCAUAUGGACAGUGCUGGGUCUUCUCUGGGAUCACUACAACGGUGCUGCGGUGUCUGGGCAUACCCGCCCGCAGUGUGACCAACUUCCAGUCUGCUCAUGAUACUGACGUAUCCCUCACCACAGAUGUGUAUUUGGAUGAGGAAAUGGAGCCGAUCGACUACCUUAACAGUGAUUCUGUGUGGAAUUUCCACGUGUGGAAUGACUGCUGGAUGGCGAGAGCAGACCUGCCCCCUGGGUAUGGAGGAUGGCAGGCUGUUGAUUCUACUCCCCAGGAAACCAGCCAGGGCACCUUCUGCUGCGGCCCCGCCUCUGUCAACGGCAUCCGCUCUGGCCAGGUCUACCUCAAACACGACACGCCGUUUGUCUUUGCUGAGGUCAACAGUGAUAAGAUCUUCUGGCAGAGGAACCUGGAUGCCACUUUCAGCCAGAUCCACAGUGAGAAGAAAGCUGUCGGCCACUACAUCAGCACUAAAGCAGUGGGCUCUGACGAGAGGGCAGACAUCACGCACCUGUACAAACAUCAAGAAGGUUCGGAAGAGGAACGCAUCGCCGUGGAGACUGCCAGUCGCUAUGGCAGCAAGCCAAAUGUCUACUCCACGGCCACGGCAGAGGAUGUGAGCAUUGAGGUGAAGAUGGAGGGCGAGGGGCCCAGGAUGGGUGCUGACGCCCACCUGAGCAUCCUGGUGAAGAACCUGAGCUCGCAUCCUCGUCAGACCACUCUGCACAGCCGGGUGGCCGUCAUGUACUACACUGGUGUGUUGAAGGGCACCAUCAGGAAGGAGCAGAUGCCUGUGGAGCUCUUGCCCAAUGAAGAGAAGACCAUUGAGUGGAUGCUGCCCUACCAACAGUACCAAAACCAGCUGGUGGAUCAGGCAGCUCUGAUGCUGACCCUGUCUGGAAGAGUCAGUGAGACCCAGCAAGUAUUAGCCAACCAGACCACCUUCAGGCUCCGUACACCUGACCUCAACGUCACGCCUUUGGGAGAAGCUGUUGUUGGCAAGGAGAUGGCAGCCAAGAUUACCUUCACCAACCCUCUGCCACGUAUGCUGAAGGAAGUGGUGUUCAGAGUGGAGGGCCUGGGUCUGCAGAAGGGCCACGAAGUGGUUGUUGGCGAUGUAAGUGGCCACUCGACAGUGACACUGACGGAGCACUUCAUCCCCACCCAGCCCGGACCCAGGAAGCUGGUGGCGUCCCUUGACUGCAAACAGCUCACGCAAGUGCACGGGGUGGCUGAUAUUGUUGUUCUUGAGCAAUGAGAAGCAACAUCACUUCCUGUCAUUUGUUCCUCAUAAAAUAUGAACAGAGAGCCUCUAAUUAUAUGAAAAGUGUGCUAAGUUUCUGUAUCUUAAACAAUUUUGUUGGUUUUGUACUACAGAAAAACAAUGUGGCUAUUUUUAAAACUAUGAGUAGACAAUUGACAACUGUAGCACUAUCAGUAUUUACUUUUUUACUUAAAUAUAAAUCCACACUUAUGCCUUACUCUGAAAUGUCUAAACUGUGGUGAAGUCUGCAGCAGGGUUUAAAACCCUGCACAGCUAAUUAAGUGCUUUGAUUAACAAGCAUUCGUAUAUAUUGAAGUUAUAAAACCUGAUUACACAGAAUGUCCAAAGAAUGUGACUGUGCAGACAGUCAGGUCAUGAUCGCGUCAUGAUAAUGUAAAUACCGUAUGUCAUAAGGAGGAAAGUAUGUGAAAAGUGUUGUCCGACUAAAUGAACCUCUCGUGGCUUACAUGAAGGAAGGGUCCUGGGGGUGUUCUCAAAAGGACUGGUGGUGAAAUUGGCGUUGACAUUCUGCAAAGGGCACAUUCUUACAAUUCCCCACCUUUUUCCCCCCCCCCGUCACAUUUGACUGAUUAACUAUUUAAUUAUUGUUGUCAUUUUGCCGUGCAAAUUAACGAUGCAGAUUUCCCCAAAAAUUGAAGCGACAAGGACAAGGACAUGGCUAAAAGGUUGUUUUAAUCACCAGAUGAAAUGCGAAAUUCAUAACAUGUCCUUUAUUUGGACAAGUUGGCAAUCACAAAACUCUCCGCUUGCCGACUGCAAAAAACUAAACGUUCCCUUGGGAAGAAUUCUACCAGAUGUUGUUCUGUCUGUUUCUCCAUAAUAACACUGGAGUCAGCUUUGAAGUACAUCGCAACCUCUGUGAACAAUUGGACUCUGCUGUGAAUUCUAGCAAACCAUAUCAGACCACAGUGGCCUUGAUUCACCUGAGCUUUACCGGGUUUCCCGGUUAUUUAAUUAACUUGAGCACUAAAAGUACAAUGAAGUAUUUUAAUAACAUUACACUAUUUAUCUACCAUAUCUACCUGGAAUGUUAAUUUGUUGUGUGUUGUGAUGGUAAUAAACUUGAAUAAACACUGAAAUAAUGGCUUGACUCAUGAGUGAUUUUCUACUUCCAUUCAUCAUUGGACAAGUCUUCACUGGAAAGAAGGUAGAUUAUACUGUAAUGUUGAGAUCAUAUGGAGGAAGCAAGUGGCUACCUGUACUUUUCCAUUCAAGCAAUAAAAUUGUUGCACGUGACAUCAUUUGCUGUCCAGUGAUUCAUUUCAAC